AUGGUGCGAAGAAGCAGGACCACAUUUUUCUACGGCCUUGUACUCAUCUUGCUAUGCCCCCUCGUCGCCCCCUAUCCUUCCAAUCAGACUAUCGAUGAUCAGUUUGGGGACUCUGUGACAGGUCUUGUACCCAACUUUUGGAGUGAUCUCUACAGCCCAUGGGCCAACGAGACCUGCGGUGGGUGCGCUAUCAAGCUUGAUGUGACCCAGGUGUACAAGGGGACGUAUUCUGCUGCGACAUAUCACCCUGACCUGGGAUCUUUGGGAGUUGGCAUGCAGUUUACUGGAACUGCGAUUUAUGUGUUCUUCACUCUUGUAAACUACCAAGGAGACGGCAUCACAGUUUUGACAAGUGCCAACUUUUCAGUUGACGGCGAACCACCUACGACAUUUACAUAUACGCCCAACAUGACAAGCAAUGCUGUUCUAUAUAAAUCGCUGGUUUUUUCUCAAACUGGCCUCCCGAAUACUCUCCACAAGCUCAACAUCUCAACCACGGGUAAUAUCAGCAUGUAUCUCAACUUUGACUACGCGAUUUACACGUCAGUGUGCUAUUUUCAAUCCUGGUUGACCCUCAUUAAAGUCUCUCCUUCUCUUUUUUUCUCAAGCGCUGAUGACGAUACUGUUUUGGUGUCAUCAUCAACGACGUCAGUCUCAACAUCAACGACGUUCCUGACGCAAAACAGUCAAACGGGUAGUUCAGUACGGAAGAGCACCACAGCGAAUGGCGCAAGAACUCUAGUGGGAGCUAUAGUUGGUGGUAUAGCGGGUGGCAUUGCAAUAUUCGUUUUUGUCAUCUUCCUCCUGUCCUAUUGGCAUCGUCGGAGAAAUCCCGAUGGGCUACAGAAGGAUGGGGGGAAUGGGGACCCUGCGUCUCUCAUAAGAAGUUUCAACAUUGGAAGGGGGCCCCCGGCGGUGUCAGCCCCCCGAAUAGCACAGUUUCGAUCCGAAAUACGCUCAAAGACUCCAAUAGUCACACCCCAAUUGUCAAAUUCUGGUCAGGGAGGUGCAGAGCCUUCACAGCGAUAUGGAUCGCACGGAAAGCUAAACACUACCGACGUCGUUUCUAAUGGCAUGUUGCGGAGGGGCCAUGACAACUCUCGUCCAAAUACUCGAGAAUUAACGCGAGAAGAGGUCCGCCAUGAACGACAAGAAGAGCUUGAUUACCGAUUGAGAAUGGUACAGCGGGAGAUGGAGCAGGUGACGGAGAGUACUUUGGCAUCGAGGCGACAGCAGACGUUGAGGCACACUGGGGAAGAGGGCUUGUUGGUAUCCGAUAUGAGAAGGGAGAUAAUGUUGAUGACUGAGCAGAUCUCACUCCUGAGGGCGCAGCAGAGGUCGGCUUGGGCCCUGGGUUUGUCAGAUGAUCCUCCGCCAGGAUACACACCUAGACGAGGUGAACAUAGUUGA